CGGCGGGCGUUUGCCGUGGAGUUGGGUCCGGGGCUAUUUAAGCGCCGGUGCUCAUUUAGUCGCUGAACGUUAGCCCGUGACAAUCCGUGCAAUCAGCUUGCAAUCAACUACAGCAGGACACACUCUCCACUGCAGUUUUCAAUUUUUGCUGAUUCCGCAAACGCAGCCAACAACAACAAACCAGAAAAUGUCUUGCCGAUUGGGUGCUAUCGCCCUCGUCCUUGCGCUCUGCGCCGUCUCCGUUCACUCGCAGGUGUGGGGCUAUGUCUCGCAGAGCUUCUCCCUCGUCCGCUCCGACAUCCUCGAGGCUGCCGACUACGAACUAGUGGCCAACAUCUCCAACCGCGAUGCCGGAGAGAACUACGAAGAGCGUCUGUACCCCGCCAGCAAAUGGGCCUGCACUGCUCGCACCGUCCCCAAGACCGAGAGCUCACCCACCCGCAGCAUGUUCGUCGACCUCUUCCGAUACUUUGCCGGAGACAAUUCUGACAAGAAAGAGAUUGAUUUGACUGUUCCAGUCAACACUUUCGUCCAGCAACGCGACAACGAUGUCACCUACUACGAGACUUGCCUCACCUUGCCCAAAAAGGUCCAGUCCGCUGCCCCCAAGCCCAACAACCCAUCCGUUUUCUUGGAUGAGAAACCCGAAAUGGUCAUCCUCACCAGACGCGUGAGCGGCUACUUUAUCACCGACACUGCCUGGGAGGAGGAGGCCAUCAGCCUGAAGAAAGUGCUCAAGGAAAAGGUGCCCGAGGCCGACUACCAGAGCUAUUACCGCAAUGGAUACGAUGCCCCCAUGAGGAUAUUCAACCGCCGCAACGAAGUUUGGUUCAGGAAGACCGGUGAGGCCGCCCAGAAGACCAUCGAAGACUACAAGAAACGCCAGGCUGAGAAGGCCGUCGUCGCUGCCGCCGCCGCCGAGGAGGAGAAGAAACCCGCCGCCGAUGAGAAGAAACCCGUCGCCGAUGAGAAGAAACCCGUAGCCGACGAGAAAAAGACCACCGAGAAGAAGACGGAAGACAAGAAGACGGAAGAGAAGAAAAAGGUCGAGGAGCCCAAGAAGGACGCCGCUCAAAAUAGAGAAUAAAAACAUAAAAUCCGGGCGUUGAUCGUUUUUUCGGUUUUUGCGAGAUGUUGAAGUUAUUAUUUUUUUUUUAAUUAUUAUUAUUUUUAUUCAAAUCCUCCUGCCCCCACCCCAAUUUUAGUGCGGAAGAGAGCGUCCCUUAAUCUCUUUAAAGGGCGUUGUGCUGUGCAGCAAGACAAACUCUUUUGGCCAUUAAUUUAUUCCAGAUAUUCUAUCAAUGUACAAUUUCUAUUUUACCCAGUUGAACUCAGCUACGCUGUCAAGAGUGUGUGUUGCCAAGUGGGUUCUCCUUUUUUCAACUUUUUUGUUUCAAGCCCUUCCUACCAAAACCCAAAACAGGGUCGAGUGGUCAUUUCUUUUCUACUUUCCCCUCCUUUUGGCCAACCAAAUGCCAAUAUAUUUAUACAUCGAUUCAUUUUGUAUGUGUUGCAUACUCUGGCUUCUCUAGUGAGGGCUUUUCAAAAUACACCUCUUUUCGAUUACAACAAACCUAAA